AUGAUCACCUUGCCUCAACGCAGCAGCAUCGAACCUCAUCGGCUCCCGCAAAGGCAAGUCCUGCGUGACUGGUCCAAUGCCAAGGACACCACCACCACCCACCCCAGAGUGCCUUGCACAGGUGCACGAGGCGUACUCCUCGACUCUUCAAAUGUGCUGGAUGUUCCCCGACCGACACAGCGAGAUCUAGGACGAGAUUAUCCCGAGCCCACUUUUGGUUCAUAUGAUGCUUUGGGCCUUUCCAAGGGAUGGAUGACUUUUGAGCAGCGAUAUGGGCCAUACGGGUACGAGAAAAAUUCCAGCUCAGAGGCUCGUCAUACUUCUCCUUCAGUCGACUGGAACAGCGUCGAUUGGGGCGCGCUGGUAGAUGAAUGCGCCAAGGCCAAUGAUGCGAGAUUUCGUCUGCCCAAGGUGAUGUCGCAACGACGACCCAGAUUUCGUCUUUUCGACGACAACGAUGCCAAGCAGCAUCAGGAGGAGGAAGAAACGGAGGUCCCACAGCACGAGACAGGCCGACAAGCGAUUAUUCUCCGCACAUGGAGCACCUACGAAUACUACCCCGAAGAUCUCUGGAAUCUCCGAUCCAUCAUCACCGAAGCCUCUCUGGCCACACACGGCGAUUACCAAGUAUUUCUCCUCGUCGACCUCAAAUGCGGCGAGGCAUGUCAAGACGUCUUCACGAAUGCGACGCUGCACCAAGAAAUUCUCGAAAAAUCCGUCCCCAAAGAAUUUUGGAAUGUGGCGGUUUUGGUGCAUGAGAAUUUGCAACGGAGUUGGUAUCCGAAAGUGGAAGAGACGCGAUCCAUGUGGCAGAUUAUGCAACCAUUGCAAUUAUUUGCGCAUUUUUAUCCCGAAUUCGAUCAUUAUUGGCAGUUGGAAAUGGAUGCGCGAUUUACGGGAAAUGUGGGAAAUAUGCUGCAGGCCUUUGACCUUUUCGGUCGUGAACAACCGUAUAAACAAGCGCGCGAAAGAGCUUCGUGGGCGUACAUGUCGAGUCAACAUGGAACGUAUGCGGAAUUUUCUUCUGCGAUUAAUUCUUCUCUGAAUGGAAAUGCUACCAUUUGGGGUCCUGAUAGGAUUAAAAAUGUCGAACCCCUUCUCCUGCCCAAUAACAACGACAACAAAAACGAUCCUCUCCCCCCAUCCCCCCUUCAAGAUAAUUUCACUCACGCCCUUCACCGCCCCGCCGACCUUCUCCUUCUCACACAACUCAACGACGUGCGGCUCUUCGAAAGACACUCCGACUGGGUUUUCGCCGAAUGGUAUCUCGGAGGUUUCACGCCCCACAUCCCACGAUACAUGUCCGUUCCCGCACAAGCACGAGCUUCAUAUUCUCUCCUCGAAGCCAUUCAUCGAUCGCAACAUGAACAAGGUUUACGCGUGGCGAGUGAAGCUACGUUGCCGAGUUGGGCUCUGUGGCUCGGAUUGAAAAUUGUGGGACUUCCGAUUCCGAGGUUUCAGUUUCCUGAGAGGGAAGCGCAUGAAUUGGGUUGGGUGUUGAAUGGGGGUUUACCUGGGGAAAAAGGGAGAUUUGAGGAUGGGAUUGCGAGGGGUGAUGGAGUUUAUCGGGGGAGUUCGUUGGGGUUCUUUUUGAGACCGUUGACGUUUGAUUGGUGGUCUUCGUUGUGUGAUCCUAUGUGGGAGUGGUGGAUGAUGGAGGGGGAGGAGGGGGAAGAUGGGGAGAGGGAGAGGGAGGAGGAGGAGAGGAAGAAGAAGGAUGGAAAUCAUCCGGAAUAUGUGGUUGUUCCGAAGAAGGAAUUACCGGGGUUUAUGCAUAUGGUGGAUGGAGAGGUGUAUAUGCCGGAGAUGUUGUUGCAUCCGAGGAAGAGUAAUCUGUACCAUGCGCCAGGGUGA